UUGGCUGUUGUGGCUUUGAAUGCUCCUGUUCAGAGAUAUUCAUGAUCUGGUUUCCGUGUGUGUGAAAACCAGGGAGAAAGUAAAGUCACCUGACAAGUCAGGAAGUUAAGAUGUCAACCUUACUUGGGAUAAGGACGCUAGUGACUUUUUAGUGUCCUUACUCCCCUUCUCCUUCAUCUUUGAAGGAAGAAGCAACACUGUGAGCAUCCAAUGAAGGAACUACGAGAAAAAAGGGCUACCGUUAAAACUUCAGGGAUCUCAGAAGCAAGACAGCCUUCACCUCAACCUGGACCAUCAGCACCAAGAGGCCGAGGCCCAGCCCCUACCUUUAAUGAGGAAGAAGUGGAAAAGAGAGAGGAUUCUUCCUCAUCUUCUCCCUAUUUUGUGUAUAAGAAGCCAAAUGCUACCUCCAAUCAUAAAGUCAGACCAGCAGAAGACAGUUAUUACAGUUGUGCUUAUUAUGCCCGUGUUAGGACUGUAAAAGGCGUAGCUAUUAAAUGGCACACUUCAGCUGGAUUCCGGGCUGUUGGAAAAAAGCCCCGGAUGUAUGAAGCACAGGUGUCAGGGGAAACCACCAUUGGGUCCUCUCCCACCAGUAGUGUUACCACAAUGCGCCAGGAUAUUGAAACUCGUUCUUCCAAGGAAGAUCCUUGUGAGAUCAAAAUGGAAGAAAUAACUUUCCAGGUCUCCCAAAGUGUAGAGGAAGAGCUUUAUGAAGAUCCCAGUGAGGACAAAGCACCUGGGCCCUCCCACAGGAAAGAGGAAGAGAGACCAAGGGUGGCCACCCCCGACUGGCUGGUCACAACAGAUAAAGGCUUCCGUUGUCUGGCCUGUUGCCGUGUAUUUCUUACUCUGGAGGCCCUCAUGGAACAUGCUCGUUGUGGUAUAAAGGAGGGUUUUAGCUGCAGAGUCUUUAAUGAGGCAAUGCUGGAGAUGAGAUGUAAUCAAGAGAAAAAGCGAGAGACUCGUUGGCGUCAGACGGAGGUCCGUCGUCAGCUAGAGACUUGGCAAUGUCAUGCACACAACUGGCGUCAUGGAUUAGAGACUGGGCAUCAUCAAGACAUUCCAUUUAAUCAAGCUCAGGCCCGGCAUCGUCACCAAGAGAACUGGCAUCGACAAGCACAGGCCCGACAUCGCCGAAUACAGACUCGAUUUAAUCCACUUCGAGCUGAGCAUCGUCAACAGGAAUCCCAACAUCACCAACGAGAGACCCAGUUUAAUCAACUUCUAGCCCAGUAUCACCAACAAGAAUCCCACCAUCAUCAAGUGCAGAACCAGCACCAUCGACUACACACUAUAUGUCACCGAAGAGAGGGCCAAAUUCAGCAAGGUCUAAACAGGUGUCAUCAACUAGAAACGUGGAAUAAUCAAACCCAGGCCUGGCGCCGCAGACUAGAGGCUGCGCAUCGUUACCGAAAGACCCAACUUCAGCAAGCCGAGGUUCGGCGGCGGCGUCUAGAAGCCUGGUGUCAUCAAGCCCAGGCCCGGAAUCUCAGACUGGAGGCUGAACGUCGUCAACGACAAGCAUGCCACCUAGCUGAGGCCCAGCACCAUCACCGAGAAACCCAGCACCAUCAAGCACGAGUUAGGCAUCAUCAACUAGAGAGUAUUCAUCAUCAGCAGGACUCCCAGCUUAAUCAAGCACAGGCCCAGUACUAUCCCUUUGACGUGUUGCAUCACCGACGAGAGGCCCGGCUUUAUCCAAGCGGUGUCUGGCAUCAUCAACUCGAAAUUCGGCGUCCUCAUCGAGCACAAGGCCAGCAUCAAAGAAUUGAGACUACGCGUGAUCAGCAAGAGGCCCAACUUCAUCAAGCUGCGGAGGACCAGCAUCGGGCUAGGGAAACCCAUCGUCAUCAAGCUCGGGCCCAGCGCCAUAGAAGUGUAAUACGGCGUCAUCAAGUACAUGCCCAGCGUCGUUGACAAGCAGCCCAGAAAUUACUAGGAGAGAGCCUGCUGUCUAAUCCCUAGCCCAGAGGUGCCAAUGCACCAUGCAUUACCCACGAGAUGGCUCACUCUCCAAAGAGGAGAGGUUAAGAAGCCCCAGCAAGCCCAUGGAUGGAUUCAACUCUUUCAUGACCACAGCUACCCUGAACUAUCUUAAUUCACCAUCCCCUCAAACUUUAACUGCCCCAACAUCUACCAAAGACACAACUGGACUCAUUAACUACUAUGACAUGAAGACGAGAAGAUCAACACAAUUUGAGUCCGGGGCAAGGAAGUCACAAAGAGUUUUAAGCAACAUUAUUUAUUGGAAGGAGUGUGGAGUGCCAUGAGGACCAGGAGGCCCAGAGUGCACCUUCAAGAGGAAAAGGAAAUUUGUGCUUUCAGGAAGACAGAUAAUGGCAACACCCAGGCAAGAGGAAGAUCCUUUGUUGCCCAGGAAUGAAAGGAUAAGGAAGAGGAGGGGAGGGAAGAGGCAGCCAAUCAAUAAGCUUGACCGUGAUGAUCUCUGCACUUCAUCCCACAGACUGCAGGGGGCAAGUGGAAGUAGGAAGAGAGAAGUCACAAUCUCUGAGAAGAGGCGAGAUCUACACUGGCCAGAGACGUGGAGAUCAGAUGAGAUGACCCUGCAGUGCCCACCAGUCUGGCAGUAUCUGUGAUGUCAGAAGCAAACUACAUAUCAAAAUGCUGGUCAUUUGACAUUAAGGGAAUUCUUUGAAAAUGUCUUCCAUUUUCCCCGUGACAGAGACCUUU